AUGUCGUUCUUUGCAGAAGGAACCUCCAUCACUCGGCCACCUCUAUUGAAUGAUACUAAUUAUCCAUACUGGAAGGUCAGGAUGAGGGCAUUCAUCAAGUCACAAGAUGAGAGGGCUUGGAGAUCUAUACUCUCGAGUUGGACUCCACCAAUUGAAAAAUAUGAUAAAGGCUUUAUAAAAUUGAUAUCAUCUUGUGAAUUUGCAAAAGAGGCGUGGCAAAUCCCUCAAACUCGGUUUGAAGGUACCAUUGAUUUGUCUGAUAUUGCUAAUGAGUUUUUUUCCUUGGGAGAAAAAAAAUUAGAUGAAUCUGUUUUGGUUCGAAAAAUAGUUUGUGUGCUUCCAGACAGGUUUGAAACGAAAUUUCUAGCAAUGGAGGAGGCUAAGGAUUUUGGCAAAAUGAAGGUUGAGGAGCUUAUGGAUGUUUCUGGUGAUGAAAUGGCCUUGUUAGCAAGAAAUUUUCGAAAUUUCAUGAAAAAGGUUGGAAAUAAAAAGAAUUUUUCAAAAACUCCAAAAGAUUAUGAGAAAGUUGCUUUAACCAGUGUUUUGUCAAGUGCUUUUCAUGAAAGAGGAAAUUUUUUGUGUUUAAACGAUACCUUGACUGAUGUCAAUAAAAAAGUAAUUGACUCAGAUUCAGACGAGUCAGAACUCAGUGAGGAAUCAUUAGCUGAAUCAUACAAGGGUUCUGUUUUUACAGUUGAACGUUCUGUUUCUACAGAAAUGAAGCAGUCAGGUGAUAAAGACUUUCUUGUCAACAUUAGACUAAUGCAAUGUGGAGAAGUUACUUUUGGUAAUGGUCUAGCUGGCAAUGUCAUGGGGAUGAGAACUCUUAAUUUUGAAGGUCUACCCAGGCUUAAGAAUGUAAUGUUGGUUGAAGGACUAAGAGCUAAUCUUCUUAGCGUUAGUCAAAUUUGUGAUCAGGGUUACACUGUUAAUUUUGAUAGUAAUCAUUGCUAUGUUGUUAAUGACCAAGAUGAAAUUAUUUUGCAUGGGUUUAGAUCUAAUGAUAAUUGUUACACUCUCACUACCUAUGCUACUUGUCACUCUGCCAUAGAUAACUGUAUUGAUUUGUGGCAUGAAAAGCUUGGACACAUUCAUUUCAAAAAUUUGAAAAAACUGUCAAAUGCAGGAAUUGUUCAAGGAUUACCCAAUCUGGGUAAAGAAUCUGUGGGAAAAUGUGAACCAUGUCAACUUGGUCCAAUUCAGGUUGAAAGUUUGAAUGAUUUUAAUAUUGGAAAGAUUGUUCGGAUUAGGAGUGAUCAUGGUAAACAAUUUGAAAAUACUAUUUAUGAUGAGUUUUGUAAAUCUAAAGACGAUUUGGCUGCAAUCACAGAAUCUUCGCCUGAGGCUACACCUCAAGAUACUGUAGCUACAACUGAUGAUUUUCCAGAAUCUUCAACGGAGAAAGAAACUAAGCAACCACCAAACAUAAUCACUGAUCCAAUUCAAAGAGAACCAUCUUCCAGAGUCAAGAAGAAUCAUCCUAACGAUCUCAUACUUGGGAACAUGGAUGAGAGCAUGGUUACUAGAAGAAGGUAUGCUAAUUUGAUUCAAUUUGUGUGUUUUAUCUCUUCUUUAGAGCCUAAAAAUGUGAAGGAAGCCUUGAUGGAUGAAGCAUGA